GUUUUGAGAGAAAAAAUAAAACGAAGGAUUGCCUAGCAUUUGAAUUGUCCUUUGUUGUUUUGUUUCUUUUGAGUACUAUCAAAUGUUUAAAAAUAACCAAUAAAGUCAGGAAAGCUCCUAACUUAGUUCACAAUAUUUGACAAUCCUUAACAAAAGUUGUGUUUCAUAAAGUAUUGGUUAAGUGACAAACCGCUCAUUGUGAAGUUGAGCUUUCACUAAAAGAACUUGUGAUUCCGAAACUUGCACAAAAUUGAAAAUGAAUUUUAUGUAUAUUAUUAUAUUUUUCGUGCAACCUCCCAUGUUUCUGUCAGCGGAGAAAACUUUUAAGGCCGCAGUUUUUGAACCGACGAUAUCAAGCAGAACACCCAUGGGAAACGUAUCACGCGAUGAUGCUAUUAGUCAAAUGAAAGAUGUCCUGAAAGGAUACGCCGAUGUUGCUACAAAAGCUAGUAAAGAGGGUGUGAAUAUUUUGGUAUUUCCUGAAAACGGCCUUAUUGCACAUCUGAGAAAUUAUUCUCGUACUGAUAUUGAGAACUUUCUUGACAUUAUACCACAGCCUAAUAAAGUGAAACCAUGGAUUCCAUGUGAUAAACCUGAUCUCUAUCCAAGAACAGAAAUUCAGGAAACUAUUAGCUGCAUUGCCAAAGAGAACAACAUUUAUCUUGUAGUCAAUGUCGGAGACAUGCAACUCUGCAAUCACAUGGAAGAUUCAAGCUGCCCUUCGGAUGGACAUUACCAACACAACACUAAUGUUGUUUAUUCAUCAGAGGGUGCUCUUGUUUCUAAAUAUCACAAGAAACAUCUUUCUGAUGAGCCUUAUUACAAUGCUCCCAAGGCUGCAGAAUAUGCAGUAUUUGAUACCCCAUUUGGUCGUUUUGCAAGCAUCGUAUCUUACGAUAUACUCUUCAAUGACACACUAAAUAAUUUAAUAGAAAAACAUCAAGUUUCAAAUAUUCUUUUUCCAAAUCUAUGGUUACAUGUUCCUCCUUUCUUUUUAUCAUCUUUAUUCCACAAUUCAAUUGCCAAAGCUUUCAAGAUAAACCUUAUUUCUGCAAAUGUCAAAAUAGCUAUGUUCCCAGAUAUUGUAUCGGGUGGAAGUGGUAUUUAUACACCUGAUGAAAGUCUUUAUAGAUAUAAACCCUUUAAUUCUAUUCCUUCAGACGGAUAUAUUCAGUUACAGAUUAAAAAUAUUGAAGAGUCAGAAAGAAAAUUCCUUUGGCCUCUAAAACGUAAAGUUCCCACAUCAGACAACUCUGUCGUUAAAACAGCUCUUAUGACAAACGUUUUCCCUGUAUCUGCAGUGAUACUUCAGAACGAUUCAGGCAUUGUUAGUGUGUGUAAUUAUAAGGUAUGUUGUUCUCUUGAGUACGAAUUCAUGUCUAAUAGAACUUUAAAAUUUAAAAUCAACUACAUUUUAGCAAUAAGUAAUAAGAAAGAUGUAGAUCUGACUAAUCCAGAAGGCAAAGAAAUGCAAUCAUGUCUUUUAUGUCCAAUCUAUGAUGAAAAAAUAUCAUGUUUGAUGACUUUGCCAGCUGAUAUUCCCAAGGGAGAUGUUAGCUUUCGCAAAUUAAAGAUGACAGCUCAUAAUUUUAAUACUCCUUAUUUAUUUCCCCACAUUGCGACUUUUAAUUCAAAAUCUUACGAUAUUAAUACAUCUUGGAAACAUGACAGAGGAGAAAUAGAAAAUACAAAACCAAUUGAAAAAGUUUUUACUGCUAUAAUAUUUGGAAGAUUAUAUCCUAUUGCCUCAUCAGCUCCAUUUACAGUAUUUCCAAUCACUUCAGUAAUCUUGUUAAAUUUAAUAUCAAAGGAACUACUUGUUUAGCCCAUUAGCAUCUAAACUGGACAUAUCAGGCCCAAAUAUUUUGUGCUCAAACUGACCAGAUCAGGCCUGUCACAACUACCCUGCAGUCAUUCUAAAAUUAAACAAUCACAUCCUUUAAAUCUCAGAGCUAUGAGAUAAUGCAUGAUUAAUUCAGAGCAAUGUGAAUAAAUAAGCAUUAUAUUUGACAGAAUAAUCUGAAUGCUAAAGGGUUAAGAUAUUUUUCCUUCUCACAAUAUAUUUCUUUUUAAUUCUUUGUCACAACUGCACCUCUGUGGAACGUCCUUGGUAUCUGCUUUAUCCAUGUCCUAACCUUCAAGAAUGCAAGUAUUAAUCAUAUUAUCUCCACUUCCUCAUAUUUUGUGAAGUAUUGAAAAUGUUAUGGAAACUACCUCCAAAUUCUCAGAUUAAGCCAUAUUACAAUAAUUUGUUAAAAAUAAGAAAUGUCAUUAGUUUUGUUCAUUAAUUAAUAAAAUCUAAAAUCCCUUAA